AUGUUACGAUGCUCCUUGGGAAUUGAAGCUGAGAAACGACUUUUAAGGUUGCAUAGACCAGUGCAAUCUUCUCUUAGGCUGCCAUCUACCCCAAACUCAGCCUCCCAAAGUUUCCAUGGUCUCUUGAGAGUACCAUCAACAAGUUCUCCAAGUUCUUCAUUGCCAAACACAUCACAAGGUAUGCAACCCACCAACCAACCAUGGUUGCCAUCUAGCUCACAAGGAAAACCUCCGCUCCCAACACCUUCAUAUAGACCUCAGGCAAACUCAUCUGCUAUGCAACAAAGGUCACAUAUCCCUCAACAACAGAACCAUCCCUUAACUCCAGUUUCUCAGCAGCAGCAAAUUUCAUCAGCUCCUCAACAACAACCUGCACAAUCACAUCAGCCGCAGGAGCAUUUUGCACAACAAUUUCAACCAUCAAGGAGCUCGCAAGGCUUACCACAUCAACAACAGGCUGCAAGAGCUCAGGGGCGAGCAAACCCUAAGGCUUCUCCUCUUCCACCUGCACAAACUAAUAAUGCACAGGCAUCGGCCCCAAGCAGAGCUAUAACUGCAGAAAUGGAAGAACCCUGUAGUAGAAUUCUCAGCAAAAGAAGUAUUGGCAAAUUGGUUAACCAAAUCGAUCCAUCUGAGAGAUUGGAUCCUGAAGUGGAAGAUAUACUCGUUGAUCUGGCAGAAGAGUUUGUUGAGUCAAUUACAACAUUCGGUUGCUCAUUAGCGAAGCAUCGCAAAUCUACUACAUUGGAAGCAAAAGACAUCCUUCUACAUCUUGAAAAAAAUUGGAAUCUAACACUUCCUGGGUUUGGUAGUGACGAGAUUAAGAUAUUCAGAAAACCGCUUACAAAUGAUACUCACAGAGAACGUCUUGCAGGUAAAAAAUCUAUUGUGGCAAGCGAGAUGGCAAGUACCAGAAGUUCUGCUGGACAGGCCGCUGGAAAUACCAAAAGCAGUCUAACAAAAACACCUGCAGUUUAGCAUCUCCCAGAGUUCUGAAUUUGGAGUCUAGAAGGUAUGUAAAUGUGUCUAUCAC